AUGGCGUGUGCGUGUCUCUGUGGGCGAGAGAGCGCGUGCGCAAAGGAGACGGCCCAACUGACACCAACGCGGCACGCGCGCAGAGCCCCGGCUGCUGCUAUUGCCCUUGUUGUGGCUGGCGCAGUGGUACGGCACCUCCAGCGAGGCACCCGCGCACAUGUCCUCCCACCACCACUACCGCCGCAGCGGCAGCAACACCGGAAAGAAUGCGUUGCGCCACGGACGUCCUCGUCUCACGCAGCCGCUGGCCGGGCGUGUUGCGCAGUUGCCGCGCCACGCUACUGCUGCGGGGGUGGUGGUGGUGGUGGUCGCCGCCCUCCACAACAAGAGAUGAAAACAACCGGAAGAAACGGGCGACCCACGCAGUAA